AAACCCGACCCGGAAUAUAGCAGACGAAUCCGGAUCCUCCAUGUUCAUAUCAGAGUUGUUGAAUCAAUCUUGACGCAAAGAGCAUUGUCACAUUCGAUUGGCCAGAUUCAGUAUCUAUCGCACAAUGCGCGCCAUAGCAGCUCAAUUCUCUAACUAUUUGUGUAGAAGAAGAGUUACGAUCAAUCAACAAUCUCGUAAUUUUUCAUCUUCUAAUAGUAAAGAUGAGCACCUACUCUUGGAGCAUGAAGUUGAGAGAAAAUUUGGGUGGUUAUUGAAGAGUAUAUUUUUCGGGUCUGCACUUUAUGCGGGAUACCAGUUCUUUCCUUAUAUGGGGGAAAAUUUGAUGCAUCAGUCGGUUUCUCUUUUGCGUGUCAAGGAUCCCUUAUUUAAAAGGAUGGGAGCUUCUAGAUUAGCCCGUUUUGCGAAAGAUGAUGGGAGCAGGAUGAAGAUAGUCGAGUUGGGUGGAGAUAAAGAGCUCAUAAAUAUGUUAAGCACGGCUAAAGAUGACCGUACGCGGAAAGCAGCACUGAAUGCUCUGUCUCAGCUGUCACAGUCAGAUGAAGUUCUUGCAUCCUUGUAUCGUGCUGGGGCCAUUUCAGUUAUCAGGUCUGCUCCAAGUUCACUUGAGGAUGCAGAUAUUGAGAAAUUCAAGUCGAGCUUGAUGAAAAGGUUCCAAGAUCUUAAGUAUGAUGUGUCUUCCUGACUUUUACUAGAGUUUCUUGCCUUUUUUACCCUUCUUCUUGUUGGCUCGGAGCAUGAAAUAUGGUGAUGAUAUUAGAGUAAACUGGCCAUGAAGGAAUUUUCAAGGUACACUGGAAAUUGUUAUGUAUCUUUUGACUAAAUUUAAUAAAAGAUUAGAAAUCGAUGAGUCAAUUUCUCACAUGUAUGUACUGGAGAUUCUUUUCUUUUGGUUUCUUGAUUCCAUGAAGGUUGUAAUAUCAGUUUUGGUUAAUGAAAUACAGUAUAUCUCUAUUUACCAAAAAA